AGCGCCGUCUAUGAGUGCUUGGACGAAACUCUUGUUUUUCCUCGGUGUCAUCAUUGCUCUCUUUUAUCAUCAUUUUUACAUUGUAGGAGCAAAAUAAGGCUCAAUAAUUUAGUUCGUUACUUCAUUGGUUAUUUUAUGCAUAUAUAGAACUAAUUGAUUGUCAAAAACAAAGUGCAGUUUGAUGUGUGAUCCUCUCUAAAGAUCGCUCGAGACCAGUUGAGUUAUGAUGAGGGAUGAAAUUAUGCAGGAUUCAACUGAAAUGGCUGAAGAAGAGGAUCAGAAUCAAUCGGAGCCAGUCACCCGAAACUCAAGUCCCAGUCCUUUCAUCAACAUGCAGACUGAGCUACACAGCAAGGGGGCUGUGCUUACAAAAGCGUGGUCUGAUCUGUUCAGUUUUAUAACCAAGUACCAAGCAGAGCUAAUGGUGAAGGAAAAUACAAUUGAAAUUGCAGAGAAAGAAAUUGACGUUCGUAAAAAGCAACUCCAGGAGUUGAAACCUGCUGUCUCGGCUGGAAAUGAGGAAAUUUCCCGACUACAGGAGGAGAUAAAUACAAAAGAACGAUUAUUAUCUAAAGCUCAAAUUGAACUCUCGGUGAAGGAACAGAUGUUACAAAGGGUACAAUCAGAUUUGUCGAGUCACAAGGGACAUUUAGAUAGAUCCAGAUCGGAACUUUUUGAAAAACAGGGCGAUCUUAUACGUCAUCGAAGUGAUUUAGAACGAUUAAAAUCUGAAUUGACAAUAAAGGAAGAACAGAUUCAAAUUAAGGACAAUCUAUUGAAAAAGUUACAGACGCAGCUUAUGAGAGAGAAUGCGGAGUUGAAAGAACAAUUAGAAUUGGAGAAACGGAAUGCGCAGUUGAGUUUGGAAGCAGAGAGACGUGCCCAUGAAAUGACCAAACGUUCACUUCGCCAAAAAAAAACCACCACAAGUGCCAAUGUGAUAGAAAUACCGGAUUCACCUCCUACUCUAGAUCUAUCCGUGGAAAAUGCCGACUUCGGACUCUCAAAUAUCAUUUCGAUGACAGAUUCCCGCAGCCAAGCCAUGGAACAAGACCAUUCUCACAUGAGGUUGUCUCAUGAGCCGUCUUUUUCUCAGCUAUCAAACACUGCCAGUUCUCUAUCAGAACUUUCUAGGAGAUUCUCAAAUUCACAGUCUAGCAUGUCACAGUCACACGAACAAUCGUCAUGGCGGACACCGCCAAAAGUGACGCCAACGAUGUCAUCAUCACCAAUAAAACAUCCAGAAACAGUCCGAAAGAUUGAGUCCUCCUUUGUUGAGGGAGCAGCAGCUUCAACAUCUAGUGACAUUUUUUUCCCUCUUAGUGUCUCGGCUGAAGAUUCCUUGAGUGAACUUGACAAUUCCACAAUGCUCACUGAUUCUGGUGACAUGAAAGGCCAGUUUUCCCCGUCAGGCCGAAUGCCAGGGACGCCUGGUUCUAGUGACAGUAAUCAAGGACCUGUCCCAAUAUCGGGGCCGAUCCCUAUUUCUGCUGGGAUGUCGCCAGGUGGCAGCACAGAAGGUGGUGGAGAUGGAAAGACUAGACCAGGUGAUCCAAAUUUAGCAUUUCGUGGAGUGUCUGGGCCACCAUACUACUGCAGUGUAUGUAACUAUGGUGCAGCAACGCCCGCAAAUCUGAGGGUCCACAUGAGAAAACACACAGGGGACCGUCCAUUUAAGUGUGACCAGUGCAGCCGGUCUUUUAGCAACAUGUCAAACUUGUACCGUCAUGUGCGAACUCACACUUGCGCUGGUUUUCCUUGUGAAUUCUGUGGGAAAAGUUUUGAGAAGAAACGUUUGCUGCAGGAUCAUUUGACGGUGCAUUAUGAACUGGUCAAGAACAAGGCAUGACAGAUAUAAGACAUUGUCAUCUUGAUGUUGUGAGUUAGAUUUCAGUUAAUGCAGAAGAAUUGUUGCAAUGGGAAGAGCUUGUUGUGUCAAAUGGGGCUAAUUUUCAUUUCAAAUAAGAAGAGAGGUUAUGUGAUUUUCAUAAAAUCAAGAGGCGAGGUACAGUAAAGGUUUUUAAAAUACUCCAGAAGAUAGGUAAUUUUCACUAAAAUCAAGAAUGCAAAUUAUAAUAAAUACGUUUUUAUGAGAAAUAAGAAUCUUUUUGACUUUUUUCUCAGCGUCCACAACUCUCUCAGGACAAAGAUGCCAAUGUUGUCAUCCAUUUCCCAGCUUCUGAGACUAGCAACACCAUGGUCAAAGACAGAUAAAGUGGCAACUCUCUUAGCUGAUAUGUCUACUAGCCAGCACUGAUUCAGGUCCUGGUUUCAUGGGAAUUUUCAAUCUCGAUACUGUGAGGAAGGCAUUUGUAACUCACUGACACCCCCUCCAAUGCAAACAAGUGGUACUGCCACCUGCAAAUAUAAUCACUGCAAUGUGCGACCAAAUAAUUGCUUUUCAGUUCCCAUCACAGAAAUACUCAAAUCAUAGCAAACCAAUUAAUUUCAGAAUAAGUCACUGAAUCAUUGCAUAUCUUCACAUUA